AUUCUGAUUACUGAUUGGUUUAAAGCAGCGGCGGGAAGUUCAUAACUAAACGCAUGCGCAGUAGUUUUAAAUAAUUCAAUAUGGCUAACCUCGAAGAUUUACUCUUUAUUAUUUCUGUGGUUUUGUGCUCAGGAAUCUACGGCUUAAAAUGGGGAAUAUUGAUUGGAAUAACUUUAUUUUUAAGUAAACUCAUCUUCGAUUCAAAGAACAAUAAUAAUAUCGUUAAAAAUCAAGAGGAAUUUAUGGAGAAUAACAUAACUUUUACUGAACAUGAAUCAUAUGAGUACAACUACGAGAGAGACACUUUGAUAGAGCCAAGUCAGAAUGGUACACUAUUGAGCAGAGAUGAAACAUACGGAAGAAAAAUGAGAAGAGGCAAGCUGCAUAAUGACACAUUACCAUUUCACAGGGAGCCUUUACUUUGUCAAGUUACCAAACGUCUUUCGUUCAAUAAUUCAUCGUACAUUUAUCCAGAAAUUGCAACAUCACCUCACCUGCAACUGAACAUCACCACCAAGGGAUACUAUCCAGAAAAAUUAAUUUAUCAAAGUCCUCAAAGAAGAAUUAAUUAUGAUACAUCAAAGGUGAAAAUAUCACGUCCUAGUGAUAGUAAAUAUGAUUCACGUUUUGCGUUAGAAUCAUUACUUCAUAAGCGUUUUGAAAGAACUAAGGAUCCAUGUAGUUGUCAGUCAGUAGUGACUGCCCUUGAUGAAAGAUCAUCCAGGAAACGCAAUCGUCAAGACUCAGAUAAUUUAAUGGUAGAUUCAUAUCCAGUGGGAAAGAAAAGUCGUCGGGAUGAUUUAGAUGAGUUUUUGGAAGUUGUCAACAAUCCUUUGAAAAGAUCUCCUGUCACGAAGACAAUCAAGAGACCUUAUUCUGGUUCUCAGACACCGUCAACUCAAACUGGCACAAAAAAAAUGAAAGAAAAUGAAACAAGAAAGAAACCUAGUCCACCAUUGAAUUCAUUCGAAGACAGUGGAGUUGAUGUUAAUUCACCAAUUAAACCUUCACAAAAUCCUAUUGUUCAAGGUUUGUUGUACUCAUUGCAAUCAUAAAAUGUAUUUAUGAUCAUAACAUUAUGGAUACAAUAAUUUUAUGCCUUCAUUUCAAUAAAAUAUUUCAGAAAACAAGCUUACAUCGAUCAAAGCAAGGAAAAGAAAGUCUGUAUCAUUUUCUGACAAACUUAUUGAUGAAUAUCUACCAGAAAAUGCAA